GACACUGAAACACCCAAACACUUGACAGUGUCAUACUCAUAGCGUUCAGUAGUCAGGGACAGGGCAGCUGUUAGCUAACAGAUUUAUAUUUUCUGCUGGUGUAACAUUAUAUUUACAGUGGUGUGUUUUAAUGGCUGAGUUGACAGACUGACUAUGUAAGUUCACCUGUAUAUGGCAAGAAAUACUCUCCAUGCAGUGUGAUCCUUCCCCCUAAGGCUGGCGGACGGACUGAUCCUGUCUGCAGCCUCACUGACAGAUAGCAGAGCAGGAUGUCAGACAGUGGGAACCAGUCUUGUCUGAUGGGAGCAGAGGACACUGUCUCCCUCCUGAUGUGUGUGUUUCAUGCAUGGGAGGAAUGGGCAGGCCUUGGUCACGUGGAGGACUACCUGAGUUUUUUGGAGUACCUGCUGUGGGUCUUCACCCCUCUGGCCAUCGUCUUCAUUGUGCCCUUCCUCAUCGUCAUCCUCCUUUACCUGUCUAUACUCUUCCUUCAUGUCUAUAAGAGGAAGAACCAGCUGAGGGAAGCUUACUGCAACAACCUGUGGGAUGGAGCCAGGAAGACCCUGGCUACUUUGUGGGACGGACAUGGAGCCAUAUGGCAUGGCUAUGAGAUCCAUGGGAUGGAGAAGAUCCCUGACAAAGGACCAGCACUGAUAGUGUACUAUCAUGGAGCUAUUCCCAUUGACUACUACUACUUCCUGGCAAAUGUUAUCAUCCAGAAGGGACGAACCUGCCACUCUGUAGCUGACCACUUCCUCUUUAAGAUCCCAGGUUUCAAGUUACUUUUGGAAGUGUUCAGUGUGAUCCAUGGUCCUCAGGAAGAGUGUGUGCGAGCUCUUAGGAAUGGUCACCUGUUGGGGAUUUCUCCCGGAGGAGUGCGUGAGGCUCUGUUCAGUGAUGAGACCUACCCUCUUCUCUGGGGCAAACGCAAAGGCUUCGCCCAGGUCGCCAUUGACUCUCAAGUGCCAGUUAUUCCAAUGUUUACCCAGAAUGUGCGGGAAGGCUUCAGAUCUUUGGGAACACUCAGAAUGUUCCGCUGGGUGUAUGAGAGGUGUCGUCUCCCUGUAGCCCCUGUUUAUGGUGGAUUUCCUGUGAAGUUUCGUACCUUCCUUGGUGAUCCCAUCCCAUAUGACCCCAACAUAAAUGCUGCAGAAUUGGCAGAGAAAGUGCAGCAGGCAGUCCAGUCUCUGAUAGACCAGCACCAGCAGAUCCCAGGGAAUAUCCUGAGAGCCUUGUUGGAGAGAUUCCACACCAAACACAAAAACCAUUAAAGUUAUCAGUACAACAACAGAUAAAAUCUGUCCAGUGUGUGACCAAAAUGACACGCCACAUUGGCUCAGAUGGCUGCAGUGUGCACAGGUUUGGUGGUCUAACUUGUUGGAGUAUUUGCACGACUUUAUUCAGUGCCCCCAACAACCACUGACUGCAGCUGAGGUUCCUUUUACAUAUUUGUUAUUUUUAUUGCACAUUUUUGAUGUGUAUUUUUGCUUACAUUGACUCCAUUUUUCUUUUCUGAUUAUUCCCAAGAUUAAACUGUUUAAAGCAGGACUUACUAAAGUUGUGAUAUUGGGCUUCACUAUAAUCAUACCUCAAAAUCGAUAAAUAAAAAGACCUUUUUUUUUCAGUACACAUGUACACAAUAUAAAAUGUCUUGUGAUGUUAGAUGUAAUUGCUUGUAGCUGUUCUCAGCUAAAAAAUAUUGGAUAGUCAUUAAAUUUGGUUUUUAUUGUCCAUGCCUACGAAUUGCAGUGACUGUGAAGACAAUUACUUGUAAUGAUAAACUGUAACAGCACUUUGAGUUUUCACAAUUAAGUUUGAUUUGACAGGGAGCAAACAACGGAACACAUACUGAUUCAUGGGAUCAGGCUGAAGGUUUAGUCUAGAGUCUCAAGAAGCAGAGCGGACAGAGCUGGACUUGGUAGUUAAGGUUGGCGCACUGUAAAUGGCUUUUUGGUUGACGUCUCUUAAAGUUAGAGUUUCGUGUAUGAACCAGUAUCAUAGUUACCCAAGGAAGAUACAGGAUACUGACCUCAGGUUACAGGAGUAUGAUAACAUGGUCUAGAUGAGGUUAACUUGUGUGGGAGGUCCCACACCUACAAUAGGAAGCAUCAUUCUUUAUUACACAGUGUUCGUUUUAUUGACUAUACAUUAUUAUUAUUUUUCGGGUCUCUUACUUGUCUUGUGUCCUGUCACAAUAAUUUCUUUAAAAAGAAUCUGGUAUAUGCCUGUAUUUUCUUUGGACUUGUCUUACAAAGGGCUAUUUAACUUGGUAGUAUAAUUAUAAGGAAAAGGGUGGGGAAUUAUAGGGACAAGGAGAAAGUUCUCAGGCAGGUGUGGUGUAAGGUGUUCCUAUUGUUUUGUUAGUUGUUGCACAAAUUAUCUGCUGAUAUUUCCAAUAUAACUGACCUCCAAGAUUAACCAAAUCACAGACACAUGGUAGAUAACUCCAGAUAUGAUUAAUUCUACAUGGAGGAUGGAUGGGAAGGCUUUGAAUUCAAAGAUUUGUUGUUCUUUUUUUGUCAGUGAACCGUCCACUGUUACCCAAGUGAUUAUUUCUGAAAUGUGCCCUCACAAGAUGAGUAAACUGAUCUUUUUGUGUAAAAUUGGUGGAGUGCCCUUUUCAAACAGCCUUCCCUCAAACCGUCACUUUACCUUUAUUAUCCAUCAUUGAGUAUUUUUUUUAUUUUUUUAUUUUUUUGUAGUGCAGAUGCAGUUAAGGCAUGUUGAUGGUUUUUACAUAAAUCUUCACCACCUUUACAAACCAAAUAUUAACAACAGAAUUGUCACUGCAUAUCAUCAGUUUUGCUGGGGCAGGUAUAACACAGAAGAACUGAAAUUAAGGUAGGGCAAAUAAAAAUCAUCUGUAAAAGAAUCUCAAGCUGAAUAAAAUGGAAUUAAAUGAUCACUUAAGGAAACUUGCUACGCACUUAAGUUAUAUUUCUAUAUUUUGUAGGCUUGUGUGCGUGCGUGCGUGUGUAGGCUUGGGAACAGACAAAAACUGAGCCUUUCACUUUGACAGAUGACUGCUUAUAAAACCAUCAGUGUCCCUUCGCAAAACUCAUGUAUCUUUUUACUGUAAUGUAUAUCAUAUGAGUACAAAGACUAUCUAUCACUAGAUUUAUCACUUUAUUUGUGCAUACUUUGCGUGUGUAUAUUAAUAAUGAUGUAAUAUGAUCAUAUUUGUUUAAUUCCUGGAUCUUCAGUGCUUUAUCAGCAGUUCUGUUAACUAAACAUUUGUCCUGUAAAGUUCGACUUUUGUUUGUUCAAAUUUUGCUUUAGAGGUAAAUUGUAAUAAUCUUUGUGUGUAUGUGUAUAUAUAUUUGCAUGUAUAAGUAAAUAUGAUUAACCAAAUGGUUUUGCACACAGUCUUCAAAGUAUCACUGCCAACUCAAAUUUUUACAUUUUUACAAGCCUUUGUGAAACCAAAGCCAAGUGUAGUUUUGAUUGAUGUUUAACUGGAUGCUUUACUUUUGACAACUGGUUGCAUUUUCCAUAUUUAUGUUGUUAGUUUUGAGACGAUCUAAUAUGAUUUUUUUUAAAUUAUAUCAAUGUAAUAUACAUGUUGCACUUUUAAAUAUU